ACGCGAAAACAUUAAUUUUUGUGAUGCCACGGUUAAUGCUUAGUAGUAAACGGGAUAAGGGGCUCCCCAAAAACCAUCUUAAAUCAUGAAUCAAAAUGCGUUUUUGAGUAUUAUGGUGUUCAUAAUGUUGGAAUAUAGUAUAUUUUGAAAAAAAUUUCAAAAUUCUAAACCCUAAUAGCUCGACUUCGGAAUUGCUGAUUUUUACCUGCUUGGUGUAUUUUCUAUGUGCACAACUGCAGCAAGAAAAAAACUAGUAGACAGAGAGGAAAGGACAGUCUUGAUUUCUCCCCAGCUAUGUAGAUUUGGAACUCUUUUGCACUUUUGUGCAACAUAUUUGUCAUCCUCCAUAAGACGUUACUUAUUGUGAAGAAUCCUAUGAUCCCAAAGGCAGCUAACGUAGCAUAUCUGAAGAAUGUUCAAGGAAACAUAUUUGUCAUCCUCCAUAAGACGUUACUUAUUGUGAAGAAUCCUAUGAUCCCAAAGGCGGCUAAUGUAGCAUAUCUGAAGAAUGUUCAAGGAGAAAACAUUGGAGAUCCUUGACAGCAAAGAAACAAGACUGCCCUAACGGUGAUUCCAAGAUAAUAGAGUUGAGGCCAAUUGUAACGUCCAUGGAAGGACACACAACAAUCCACUGUCUUGUCUCUAGUGGAUUGUCAGAAAGGGAAUUUCUCGUGUACCAGCUAAGAAAUAUCUGUAAAACUGCCAAGAACAAGACCACUAUAUCAUGGAGUCUCUCCCUCAGUAUCACCAACACAUCCCAAUUUCUCAAAGCAAAGCUUCAGAGGCAUGGAGGAAGGAAACGAAACCGUAUUCUCUGCUCUUGAUAAUGCCAAGACCCAACUUUACCAUUUCAAGGCAAUUGUCAUUGCUGGUAUGGGAUUCUUCACUGAUGCUUAUGAUCUCUUCUGCAUAACUGCUGUCACCAAGCUCCUAGGCCGCCUUUACUACCAUGAUCCCGCAACUCCUGACAAGCCUGGAGCUUUGCCAGAUAAUAUCAAUAAUGCCAUAACUGGGGUUGCUUUGUGUGGAACAUUAGCUGGACAACUCUUCUUUGGGUGGCUUGGUGACAAACUUGGUAGAAAAAAGGUUUAUGGGAUCACUCUAGUGACCAUGGUCGGGUGUGCCUUUGCAUCCGGACUUACAUUCGGAUCAACAACUAAUAGUAUGGUUGCUACUCUAUGUUUCUUUCGCUUCUGGCUGGGUUUCGGGAUUGGAGGAGACUAUCCACUCUCAGCAGUAAUCAUGUCUGAAUAUGCCAACCAAAAAACCAGAGGAGCAUUCAUUGCUGCUGUUUUUGCAAUGCAAGGAGUUGGAAUACUUUUUGCUGGAGCAGUGUCCAUGAUUGUCUCCAAGAUGUUCCUAAAUGCUUUUCCGGCUCCUGAAUAUAGAAGCAAUCACGAACUUUCUACUCAACGACAAGCAGAUUUCGCUUGGAGGAUUGUGCUUAUGUUUGGCGCGAUCCCUGCUGCUAUGACAUACUAUUGGCGGAUGAAAAUGCCCGAAACUGCUAGGUAUACUGCGUUGGUAGCUGGAGAUCACAAAAAGGCUGCUGCUGAUAUGGCCAAAGUACUUGAUAAGAACAUUCUUGUUGAACAAAGUUCCAAGAUUCCCAACAAUCCGAAUUCUUCAUAUGGACUGUUCUCUGCUGAGUUUUUAAGGCGGCAUGGACUUCACCUUCUCGGUACCACCAGCACCUGGUUCUUAUUGGAUAUUGCAUUCUACAGUCUCAACCUCACCCAGAAAGACAUUUAUCCUGCAAGUGGAAUGCUACCAAAGGCCUCAACAAUGAACGCGCUGGAGGAGAUGUACAAGCUCUCCAAAGCAAUGUUCUUGGUAGCACUUUUUGCAACAGUUCCCGGGUAUUGGUUCACCGUGCUCCUCAUUGACAGGAUAGGAAGGUUUGUAAUCCAACUUGGUGGCUUCCUCUUGAUGUCCAUUUGCAUGGCAAUCCUUGGAUUUCAUUACAAAGAACUCAGAGGAGAUAAGUGCCCUAAAACCUCAACUUCAAAUAAUGAGUAUUGUGGUGGUAACACCACCAUGUUUACUCUUCUGUUCGGACUCAGUCUCUUCUUCGCUAACUUUGGACCCAACAGCACAACUUUCAUUGUUCCAGCAGAGCUUUUCCCAGCUAGGUUCCGUUCAACGUGCCAUGGGAUCUCAGCAGCGGCAGGAAAAGGAGGAGCCAUUAUCAGUGCAUUUGUGAUGCAAAGCUACAGUCAUGACCUCAGUAAGAUUAAAAGGAUGAUUAUAGCCCUUUCAGUGGUGAAUAUGCUUGGCUUUUUCUUCACGUUCUUGGUUCCAGAAACAAAUGGACGAUCACUCGAGGAAAUCUCUGAAGAGAACGACCAGUCUACUGCUGCAAAAAAUGGUGAUGCAAGGGUGAUCCAACACACUGAAAUGGUUUAGCUAUAUUGGCUAGCAUUUGUUACCAAAUCGCCAGAACUGAAAUAAGGCUUGAAGCCAACUAAAUAAGUUUUAUUGUUUCUCCACUUACCAUAAAAUAAGAGCCAGAAGAGAGAUCCAUACAAAGAGAAAUGCAGUCUUGUACCUAAAUGAAGCAAUCAUUUAUUUUCUUUCUUCAUGCACUAUUUGAAUUUAUCGUUA